GGCGGCGGCGGCGGCGGGAGGAAGAGGAGGAGGAGGAGGAGGAGGAUGCCGCGGCGGCUGCUGGCGCUGGUGCUGCGGGGGGGGGCGCCGUCGGCGGCCCUGCGCCUGGCCCUGCUGCUGCCGCUGCUGCUGGGCCCGGGCUGGCAGGCGCACGGCAAGGCGCAGCCCGGGGAGCUCCGCAGCCCGCAGGAGGUGGUAAUCAAAGUCCAGGUGUAUGAGAAUGGUGAUUUGUCCCCACUGCCUCAGGCUGCUGUGGAGGUCUACGGGAACCAAACCUCACUGGCUUCAGGUGUGACUGACCACGACGGGAUCAGUAUGUUGCCCAUCAACUAUCGCCUGGGAACCUGGGUCCUCGUCACGGCCUCCAAGCGUGGCUUCGUCACAAACUCUGUUCCUUGGCGUGUCAGCAAGCUGCCACGUGAGUUGUGGGUCUCCUUCUCUGGGUCAGAGUGUGUAGCUUCCGGGGGAGGGGAAAGAGUGAUUGUCCACAGGCUAAUAAGAGUUGCCUUCCUUACAGGGCUGGCGGGCGGAACAGCGGGCAUGAAGGACCUUGUCACUUACCACACCCUCAUUCUGCUAACUAUCCUGGGCGCCCUGGCGUUGCUGGUUCUCAUUCUUCUGUGCCUACUCAUUUACUACUGUCGGAGGCUGUGUCUGAAGCCACGGCAGCCGCAUCGCAAGCUGCAGCUCUCUGGUGCGCUGGAUGCCUCCAAGAAGGACCAGGCCACCUCCAUGUCCCAGAUCAACCUCAUCUGCACGAGUCACAUGGAGACCGCCUCGUCCAACGGGGACAUGGACGUCCACACGCCCAUCCUCAAGUCAGCCUUCUCCUCCUCCCGCGAGUUCGAGAGCUCUCGAGAGGAGUUCUUCAAGCAAGUCACCAGCCAGAAGGCGCGCCACGCGAGCAAGGCCUCUGCAGCCGACACCCUCAGCCAGCAGGGGGCCUCCAAGGAUGACUACCCCCGAGUGACAGAGGGGUACUCUCUCAAGGCAGCCCGCUCCAUGGACGUCCCCGGCCCACUGGAGCCCCCGCUCUUGGAGGACUACAAGCGCAGCUAUUCCCACCAGCGCAUGGAGGACAAGAGCACCGACACACAUGGCAAGCAAGGGCGCGGCGACGGCAAGGCCUACCUGCAAGAGCCCCCCUCGCCACCCCCCCUCCCACCACCCUUUGAUCACUACGUCGGCCACAAAGGGGAUCCCAAGCCCCCCGACUACAUGCUGUCCCAGUCGGUCGACCACCUGGCCCGCCCCACCUCCCUGAGCCAACCCGGGCAGUUAAUCUUCUGCGGUUCAAUCGACCACAUGAAGGACACCAUGUAUCGCAACGUCAUGCCGACUCUCGUCAUCCCUGCCCACUACAUGCGCUUGGCGCCGUCAGAGCAGCCUCCCGGGAGUUCUGAGAACCCGCCAGACAUGGACCCAGCCGGCCUGGGGCUGCCUCACCAGUUUGGCCCCCAGGAGCAGCAGCGGCAGCAGUUCCUGCAACAGCAGCUGCGGCACCCCCAGUUCCAGCUGCAGCAGCCACACUCGUUGGAAGAGGCGGAGGGGAAGGGGUGGGGCCCCCACGCCCAGUCUGUCAGUGGCUCCGUGACCAUCCCUGUCUUGCUGAACGAGUCCACCAUGGCCCAGCUGAACGGGGAACUGCAGGCCCUGACUGAGAAGAAGCUGCUGGAGCUGGGGGUGAAGCAGCACCCCCGCGCCUGGUUCGUGUCCUUGGACGGGCGCUCCUCGCAGGUCCGCCACUCUUACAUCGACCUCCAGGGCAACGAGAGGAGCCGCAGCACCGACGCGAGCCUCGACUCGGGGGUGGACGUCAACGAAGCCAAACCGCCCAAGCGCCACAAGGAGGAGCGCCUGGGCUCUGCCACGGCCCCGGCCUACUCCAAGCUGGUCUUUGCCGACGCCGACACGGAGCAGAGCAGCAGCGAGAGCCGCACGGCCAUCUGCUCCCCUGAGGACAACUCGCUGACCCCCCUGCUGGACGAGAACGCCGACCACCGUGCCGCUACCAUCCCUCGGCGCGGGCGCAGCCGUGGCAACAGCUCUCGCAGCAGUAACAGCAACAGCGAGCUGCGGCGUGACUCCAUGACCAGUCCUGAAGAUGACAGCAACGACCCCUCGGAAGGGACGGAUGACCAGGGGGACAAGAAGAGCCCCUGGCAGAAACGGGAGGAGAGGCCCCUCAUGGUUUUCAACGUGAAGUAGCCAGCGGGUGAAUGGGAUGGCCCUCGUGGUGCAGUGAGGGGAGCUAGAGGUUAUGGAGCCCAUGGAGGACAGAUUUCGCACGUGGGUCCGGCACGCCUCCUCUUUCUUUCCAUAUGUUCAAGGCUUGGCAGAGCAGAAGCCCCAGACGUCCGGCAGCAGAGAGAAGCAGACUGAACGAGAAAACAGGGUGGGGAGCGUGGCCCAGCUUUUCACAGACGUCCCAGCAUUCCCUGCGGUCACUCGUGACACUUGUCCUGCCUGAAGCAGGUUCGAAGCACUGCGCCCACCACCUUUUGGCCUUUCCCCCGUUUUUCCACCAACACCAGCCAGUCUGAGCCGGGCGAGGACUGCCGAGGAAACGGGGAGGUCUCGCUGCCCUCGAUGCUCCGCUUCCGCCAGGAGGAGGGCCCAGCCCAGCCCGUCUCGCCCUCGAGCCGCUUCCCAGAAUCCCUUGCUCUUCACCACACUUGGCAUGGCCAGGAUUAGGACUGGCCCCACUCCCUGGUACUCUGGGAAGUGAAGUCGAAGGCGUCGCUGGGACCUACCCUGACCCCCGCGGGGGUUUGUACAGUUCCUUUAAAAAAAACUCAAGUUCUGUGGAUUUUCCAAGCCACAGCACACGGUUCAGGGUGGGGGGCGGGGGGAAGGGGCAGGUGCCCGAGGGCCGUAGGCCGGUGAUGCCCCAUCUUUGCCUGUUGUGCCUGAAUGCCCCAGCACAGAGUAAUGGCACAGAGCCCAGGCAAGCGUGGCGGGUUUGGGUGGGAAUGUGGGGGCACUGGUGUGACUAUUUGUACAUAUAUGUGUGCAUGCGUGUGUGUGGUGGGGGAGGGGGGUGGGGGGUAUCUCAGCCAUGGGUCUGUACGUGUGGGUAGAGUGUGUUGGUUGUGCCUGACCUCGCUGCCAAACCAGCGCAGUCGUGGAAUCGCCUCUGUGCCCCGCCCCCUUUCUUGCCUCGUGCCUCAACUCCUCCAUGUCCUCCAAGUGCCUUCCUGCCCCGAUGUGGCCUCCCCAGCCCUCCCCCAGCAGCUGCAGGGGCUGCCUGGGGGUCCUUGGAGGGGGGGUGCAGAUGCGCCAUCUGUUCAGAGCUGCUGCAGCUGUGGCGGGGAGGGGGAGGGACGGCCGAAGGAAAAUCCUCCUCGGUCUAUAAUCCCUUCCCUCUGUGGUGGGGGCAGCGCCAGGGCGAAUAUUCGGUCAGCGUUGCCUCCCAGCCCCCUCCUCCCUGAGCCAUCAGCAGACAGAGUGUCGGAGGGGAGCUCCUAAUCCCUCUGUGGUGCCCCCCCACCCUCCCAGACAAAAAGUGCUCAGAGAAUGGGGGGGGGGGCUGAAGUCAUUGCUGGAGGGGAGUUUUGCCCUGUAGAUGGGGGAAGAGGUAAAGUGCCUCCAAAGACAGCCCCUAGUAGGUUCAAGGAAGGCAUUUUUGGAGGUUUUUUGGGCCGUGGGGGGGGGGGUUCCUUUGGGAAUGAGGAAGAGGACUUACUGGCCAACCCCACACAGUAGUACUCGAACCAGCCCCUAACAUAGGAGGAGAGCAAGGGUGGGCGGCAGCUGCCAAGAUGGACGUAAAUGUCUUUGGAGGCUUUUAGUAUUUUCUUUUUACAGAUGGUGAACCACUUGAACCGAUCCCAGGCCUUUGUAGCUGGGGGGAGGACAAGUUUGGAUCGGUCAGACAUUUCCUCAUCUUAUUCCUGAACCACUGAAAACACUUCAUAGAACACCCCCCCCCACCCCCCCCACGCACUUCCUGCUCAGACCUGCCAUGCUCCAGUUCGGAAGCCUUUUUGGUCUCUGUUGCAUUUCAGAGCUCUUCCUUCCUUCCUUCCUUCCUUCCUUCCUUCCUUCCUUCCUUCCUUCCUUCCUUCCUUCCUUCCUUCCUUCCUUCCUUCCUUCCUUCCUUCCUUCCUUCCUUCCUUCCUUCCU